AUGAGCUGGAAGUGGUCGCAGGAACCAAGCCCGCGAGGCCAGCCCGAGCCGCUGGAGCACCAGCCGCUGCAAUGGGUGCUCGAGGUGACUCCCCAGCUGGACGUCAGUCGCAGCACUCUCGCCGUCGCUCUCGCCGACGCGGAGAGCUUGAAAAAAUCGCACGAGUUGUCGCACGGAUCGUUGCGGGGGGGUUCGGAGUCGGGAGCCAGCGGAGCCGGCGCGGAACUUCCCGUGUUCAUUCUCGUCGCCGUCAUGCAGGACGCUACUGCACCUCCUUCCCCCAUGGUACGACGAACCAUGACAAUGGACGAGGCAGUGCGCCUGGCAGAAGCAGAGGAGGCUGUCAUUCGCAAGAUGCUGCAGCCACUCAAGACCCUUGCACACAGCCGCCAGGUGCGAGCAGUGAUGCAUCUGGAGCGCAGCAGCGACCAUGAGAAGGCCCUGUGUGACGCAGUCAAGCGGUUCUCCGCCUCCAGGGUCUACAUCGGGGUCAGAAAGAAGUUCCUGUGGUCGAACUCCCUCAGCAGCGCGCCGACAGCCUACUACGAGACGAAUCUCCCCGACGGCUGUGUGCUGGUGGUGGCGCAGGGGUCGCGGCGGGUGGCAGAGAUCCCCGUGCAUCCCAAAGGGCCCCUCCGCAGCCGCACCCUCAGCCGCUCCAAACGCUCCCAGGCUGGCUUUGAUCCGCCGCUCACGCCCACAGGCACUGCACCUGGUGCUGGUGCUGGUGCUGCUGCUGGUGGUGGUGUGAGGGGUGCAAGCAGGGGGUUUCCUCGCUCGGCAUCGUCGAAUGCUGCUUUGGAGGCGGGAAGCAGGGGUGGAGAGCGGUGGCCUGAUGCUGGUAGCAGCGCUCGUGCUGGUGCUGGUGCUGGUGCUGGUGCUGGUGCUGGUACUGGCACUGUUGCUGGCGUGGGUGCUGUGAUUGGUGGUGGUGUUGGGAGCAGCAGUGGUGGGCGGGGCGGGGGGGAGGAGAGUCAGGGGGGACUAGGGCUGGAGGCUGGGUCGGGGGAUGAGGAUGAUGAUGCACUGGCAGAGCUAGGAGAAGAAUGGGUCAGAAGCAGGAGGAGAGAGGCGCCAACGUCAGGUAGAACGCCAGGUGCUGCAUCAGGUGCUGCAUCCGAUGCUGCAUCAGGUGCGGCAUCAGGAGCAGUGGAUUCAAAGCGAGCAGGGCGCCAUCAGCGGAGCCACUCCAUGCACCUGCUGUCACCGCACCCCACAGCUCUCUUCUCCCCCUCACUCCCUCCCUCUCACCCCCGCCGCCUGUCCAUAUCAGACGCCCUAGAAGCAGAGGGCAGUGUGGGCCAAAAACGGGGCCCGGGGCGAGAGAGGAAGGUUAAACUGGAGGUCGAGGAGGUGGAUGAGGAGGAGGAGGAGGAAGAGGAGGAGGAGGAGGAGGAGGAGGAGGAGGAGGAGGAGGAGGGAGUGAUGGGACCCCAUGGUGGUAGGAGGAACCUUCCCAGUGACUACCAUGACCAUGCCAGCCAGUUCGGCCCGUUGAGUGUGCGCGGCAACCCCACCACCCCACGCCUCUUCUCCCCAGAUGACUGGACAUUCCCUCUAAAUGAUGAUGCUUCUGAUGCCUCUGGUGCUUCUGGUGCCUCUGGUGCUACUUGGCCGUCCAGUGCUGCUGGUGCAUCUGGUACAUCAGCCCCCACGACUCCCAAGGGAGCGAGCAGAAACCCCAAGGGCGAGGGCAUGGCAGGGAGAGGCGCAGGGAGAGCCGUUGGGAUGGUAGAAUCUGGAGGGAUUGCGAGGCAUGAUAGUGGGAGUGGGCGUGGGCGUGGGAGUGGGAACCGGGAUGGGAGUGGGAAUGCUGGUGGGGAGAAGAAGGAGGAAAGGCCAGGAGUACGCAUAGGAGCAGGUGCAGGAGCAGGUGCAGGAGCAGGUGCAGGUGCAGGUGCAGGAGCAGGUGCAGGUGCAGGUGCAGGUGCAGCGACAGGCACCGGCACAGGAGCAGGGGGGAGCGGGCAGGAGGCAAGGCGGGGGGCUUGGCGCAGCCGGUUUCGCAGUGCGAGUGUGAGCGAGGUGCCUCUCUCGCCCUCCCAGCUGCUCUCCCCUGGCCUGCUCUCCCCCGAGCGCCCCUUCUCUGCUAUCUCCGCCUGGGAUGCCCUUCCUGUGCGCAUCGGGGGCAGUGCUGUGGAGACAGGGGGGAGGGUGAUGGAGGGCGAGGUGCUAAAGUCGCCGCGCAUGGGGGGCAGUGCUGUGGAGACAGGGGGGAGGGUGAUGGUUGAGUCGAUGCACAAGUCGGCUCGUGUAGGGGGCAGUGGCGCUGGUGCUGGUGCUGGUGGUGAUGGUGCUGCUGGUGCUGGUACUGCUGGUGCUGCUGCUGCUGCUGCUGCUGCUGCUGCUGCUGGUACUCACAGGGAUGCUGACGAGGAUGAGGAUGAGGAUGACGUGUUUGAACAGCUGAUGCGGCGCCAGCUGGACACAGUGCAGCUGCUGCACAAUCACAGUGGCAGUAUGCAUGGUGAUGGUGAUAAAAUCAACAGUGCUAUAAUAAACGGUGAUAAUGCUACCCCCGGCAGCAGCAGUGCUCACCUGUCUCACCAGAUCUUCAACACCACACCUGCAGCCUCGGCAGCCACAGCCUCGGUGGCAGCCACAGGGCUAGGGCUGGGCAGAGCAGCAGCUAGAAUGCUCUUUCCCAAGUCUUCCAGUGGCGGCAGCCGCACGGGGCGAGAGGACACCACUCCCCAAAGCCCCCUGGCGUCCCCUCCCCCGUCGGAUCCUGAGGUUCAGCAAUCUGUUUCAGAGAGGCCUAAAAAGUCGUCCCAUCAGCAGCCUCUGCUGCUGGAUGGAUCAGCGAAAGCGGCAGUCGCAAGCCAAUCUGCCAGGCACCCCGUCCCUCCUCGCUCUCCCUCUCGCCGCACCCCUCCUCCGCUCGUCCCCUCUACUGCUGCUGCUGCCGCUGCUGCUGCUAACACGUCUCCACCCCGCUCUGCUCGAAGAAAUGCUGCUGUUCCCGCCUUUCCUCGAUCUGCUAUGGGGAGAGGGGCGAAAGAGGUGAUGGAGCCAGGGGAAGAAGAUAGAGGAGGAGCUUUACCAGUGGCAGCAGAAGCAGGUGUGACGAUGCUGCGAACCAAAUCCGGAGAGAUUUUAGGCCGCAACCAGCAGCAGCAGCAGCAGCAGCCGCAGCCGCAGAGGAGGGCUUUGGAGAGGUUUCCUGUGUGCCGCAUGGAGCAGCGGCAGCAACAGGUGAAGCUGGCUUGGGAUGACAUUCUGGGGGACGGGCCUGAUGCAGGACAGGCGCCAGCAGGGAGAGGUUCGCUUGUCCGCAAAGCGGUGAAGGCAGCAGGAGCCGCAGGAGCAGCAAAAGCAAGAGACGCAGCGGGAGCAGCAAGAGCAACACGAGCAGCAGGAGCAGAGAAAGGCAGAGGUGGGGAGACGGAGCACACAGCAUGGGCAAACGGCGCAGCAGCAGAGGAGUUUGAUUUCGGUGUGCCAGCAGAGACGGCAGGUGAGGUUGAAAGGCGCGAGUCUGUGGACCUGGCUAUGGGUGGCAAGCCAAUGCCCAGGGGUGGUGGCAGUGGCGGUGAUAGCGGUGGUGGUGGUGGUGGUGGUGGUGGUUCAAGGCUCAAUCAGGGCAGCAACAAUGGCACCAUGCUGAGCUCAGGUACAGAUGAUGCAGCACGGGCAGCAGCAGCAGCAGCAGCAGCAGCAGCAGCAGCAGCAGGAGAAGCAGGAGGAGAAGAAGCCCAAAGUCCCGAGGAUCUAUCAGCGUCCAGCAUCCCUCACCACCUAUCGUCUCUUGGUCCCUGUCGGGUGUUCACUCUGCAGCAGCUAGCAGCAGCAACUGACGGCUUCAAUCCCUCUCGCCUGCUGGGCCGCAGCAGUGGGGGCAGCGCAGGGGGCAGUGUGUACCGAGGGGAGCUGCUGGGGCGCCCUGUGGCGAUCAAGCGGCUGCAGGGCCCGGGAAUUAGCCACAGGAGUCCGGGACCCUACUCCACGUCAGCUGCCACGUCAGCUGCCUCGUCAGCGGCCACGUCAGCAGAGGCUGAGGCGUUUUGGAGGGAGGUGGGGGUGCUGGCGAGUGUGCGGCACGCGCACGUGGUGGGCAUGGUGGGGUGCUGCCCUGAGGACUUCUCCCUUGUGUAUGAACUCAUGGUGGGAGGGUCUCUCUGGGACCGCCUACACCCACAGCUGCAGCAGCAGCCGCAGCAGAAAAGGCAACAGAAACAGCAGCAGCAAGAGCAUGAACAAGGGGCAGCCACCACCCCGCCUCCCUCCCCUCUCCCCGCUCCCCUCCCAUGGCACCAUCGCCUGUGCAUCGCCUCUGAAAUCGCCUCUGCGCUCCUCUUCCUACACUCCCACAGCCCCCCUAUCCUCCACUCCGACCUCAAACCCCAAAACAUCCUUCUCGACAGCCAUGGCGGCAGCAAACUCGCUGAUACAGGCCUGGCAGGGCUCAGUUUCUUCGGCUUGCUUCCGCAGAAUCACCUCGAGGUCACGUUCAAGGUGCAGGGGACGUUUGGGUUUUUCGAUCCGGAUGUUGUGGUUACCACCGGGGAGGUUACGGCGGCGAGUGAUGUGUAUGCUCUGGGCGUGGUGCUGCUGCUGCUGCUCACUGGGAUCGAAGAUGUGAAAGAGGUGCACCGGUUGUUUGAUAUUGCCGUGCCUUUCUUUGCGGAGCGCCUUGACAAGCGGGCGGGCAGCUGGCCGAGAGAUUUGGCUGCCCGGGCUCUGCGAGUGGCGCUGCAGUGUGUGGAACGGCGCGGCGUGGAUCGGCCAGACCUGCAGACAGUGGUGCACCCGACCCUGGCUGCCAUUGCUAAAGAGGUGCGGGAGGUGCAGGCGCGGGAGGUGCAGGCUCGGGAGGAGGUGAAAGAGGGGGAGGGACUGCGGGAUCAGGAAGAAGAGGUGAAGCAGAGGCGGGAGGUGCAGGCAGGGCAGGAGUUGCAGCUAGAGAGUCGCUUCAUCUGCCCUCUCUCCCAUGUGAGUUGCCCUCCGCUGCUGUAUCCCUCCCAACUUGAUGCCCAUCAUCUCCCGUCAGUCCCAUGGUGCCUGGUGCCCAUGUCCAUCAUCUCCCGUCACUCUCAUGGUGGUGAUCAACGGCUGCACGAUCCUGUGGUGGCAGCAGGCGGGGUGACGUAUGAGGCGGCAAGUGAUAGAGGCGUGCAACGGCUGCACGAUCCUGUGGUGGCAGCAGGCGGGGUGACGUAUGAGGCGGCAAGUGAUAGAGGCGUGCAACGGCUGCACGAUCCUGUGGUGGCAGCAGGCGGGGUGACGUAUGAGGCGGCAAGUGAUAGAGGCGUGCAACGGCUGCACGACCCUGUGGUGGCAGCAGAUGGGGUGACGUACGAACGGCAGGCGAUAGAGGCGUGGCUCGCAGCACAUGACACCUCCCCCAGAACCCACCUCCCCCUCCCACACAAGCAUCUCACCCCGAAUCUCAUCCUGCUGGAACUGCUUUCCACCCUGGGCCUUCUGAAUGGAUCAUAA